AUGGCUAUCAAUGAAGAGGUUUACAAGGCUGUAGUUGUGGGUGGAGGUCCAGCAGGGAUCGGCGUGUUUGUACGAGCGGCGCGUGGAGGCCUACUACCUCGAUUGCUGAAUCCGGACAAGCAUGGAACGACGAAGGAUACCGAGCUUAGCACUCAACUUGGAUUCAAGCAAAUGGGCGUCGUAGUCCUUCAUUCAGGCGGUGCCGAAACAUUUGGAGGUGGCAAUUUAGGCGAAUACAUCAUCAACUCAAACACGUUCGCAUGCGGUCUACUGGCCAGCGUCCUCGACGAGAAACCCGAUCUAGAUCCACCGGAGAGUAUUAAAAAUACGUUCCUGGAGAAAGUGCGCGUUCACGAAAGUGCCAAGCGCUUGGAAGAAAUUGGUGCUGCGCCCGGGAAUCUCACGGAAAUUGGCCGCUUUUUGCGUCGUGUUGGAGCGUGUCUGAUCGAAGAAAUCUCUGACAAAGCUUCUGAUACCAGCAAAGUUCUGUUGCAUACGGCAGCAGUCAAGUACGAAGCUCUGGAGAAUGGCCUUAUUCGUGUGAAGGCUCAAAGGACUAAUGGCAGUGGUGAUACCGUAAUACUUCACACAGAGCACCUUAUAUUGGCAAUGGGAGGCACACAAGAGCUGCCUUCCCUAGACAACCCUGCCUAUCACUCCAAGCUAUUUGCCUCCGAUUCCUGUCUGCGGGAGGACGGGUUUGCAAAACUCAAAGAGCACCUCCUCGCACUGCCUACAGGCGAGCGGAAAGUCUGCAUUGUCGGUGGGUCUCACAGCUCAUUUUCGGUGGCGUGGCUCUUGUUAAACAAAUUUAUGGAUCCAAAAGCAACUGCUACGAGGAAAGUCUCACAAAUUCCAGGAAGCCCAAAGACGCAAUCUCUAUCGGACCCGCAAAAGAACAAUAAGGAUAGCGAGACUCCUUUCGCCACACCGCAACUUGCCAGCAUUGGAGCACCUGUGACAGCCGCGGCGCCUGUUUCCCCCCUCACCAUUAAGAAAUGUGAGACUGCUACUUCCACUAUUGCAAAGGUAAAGCGCACAUCACUAGCGGGAGCAAACGAUACGUCAUCGCCGAAGUCGAUUUUUAAUCCCAAGGACAUCAUGAUCCUGCAUCGAUCUCCAGUUCGAUGUUAUUAUGGCUCCAAGAAGGAAGCUGAGGUGGACGGUGUCGAUGCGAGUCGAGUUGAUCGAUCCGGUUGUGUGAAUACCUUCACGGGGCUGCGGGAAGACGCCAAAAGGCUUUUCAAGAGCGUGAAAUCAGGGCGCGAGCAGGAGCAAUUGUCUGGGGUGCCGGCUACAAGACCAAUAUGCUUCCUGGUUCGGAUGAAGCGGGCAAUCCGCUCGUUUUCCACCAAGACAACGGUGUCGUCAAGCUCGAUAAUAAGGCUCGAUUGCAGUUGCUUGGCCCUUUUAAAGGCAAGCGGCCUAGUAUUUUAG